GGCAAUGCAUUUCGAAUAAUGCCGCGGCAUAAUAUUAUUAGAAGCAUAUUGUAAUAAUACCCGGUACACGCGUUGCUUGCUUUUCAAUAAUAAUAUUCAUCGCCUUUCUUUCUCUUCUUUCGUCGACUAAAAUAACUUUUCAUCUUGUGUUGCAGGUAAAUAUAUACUUGGGCCAUGUUUAGACGGAGUUGGAAACAGGAUGCCGACCGCUGAGAGACACGAUCGCGCCGUCCACGUAAUCCAGGAGAAAUUAUCCCGGUUCAACACGUAGCACCCAUUCUUGGUGACGUACAGUGGAAUCGUGAACGUGUCUCAGUACCACGAACGAAUACCUAGAACGAACGAUUCCUCGAGAUGGGACGGAGGACGAGAACGACAGGCUACUGGCUGCUCUGCGCGGCGCUUACGAUCGUCCUGUGUCAAGGCCAGGAGGACUGGAUGCAGUGCGAGUCAUUUUGCAAGUGCAAAUGGGUAUCCGGCAAGAAGACCGCCGAAUGCAACAAGCAAAAUCUCACGCAGAUCCCGGCCGGUCUCUCGCGCGAGAUCCAGAAUCUCGAUCUUAGCGGGAAUCAUUUCGUCAACCUCACCGGCAACGCCUUCAGCCGCGUCCAACUGGUGAAUCUGCACAAAUUGACGAUGCGCGAAUGCGGCAUCGAGUCGAUAGACAUAAACGCUUUCAGCGGCCUGAAGAUCAUUAUUGAGAUCGAUUUGUCGAGCAAUAACAUCCGGACCCUGCAGCCGGGUGUCCUCUACGAGACGCAAAAAUUGAGGGCGCUGCUGCUAAAUCAGAACAGGUUGCGAGUGGUAGAGAACGAUCUGUUCGUCAACCUCACGUUCUUGCAGAAGGUGUCAUUGUCGUACAACCAAUUGGAGCGGAUCGAGGAGAGGGCAUUCCUCAAUCUGCCGAAUUUGCAUUCCCUCGCGUUGGACGGCAAUAACUUCAGUUCUCUGCAGCUGCAGAGAUUCGAGAAGCUGCCCAAACUCGGUAGUCUCGGCCUGCAAAAUAAUCCGUGGAACUGUAACUGCCAUCUCAGAAGGCUCCGCGACUGGACGAUUGAGAACAAGUUGUACACGAAUCCGACCACUUGCCUGCAGCCGCCCAACAUGCGCGGCAAGACGUGGGACGAAGUUGACAGCGACGAGUUCGCGUGCAGACCGAAAAUCACCGUCAUCGGCCCGGCGACGAAGAUUGAAAUGGGCAAAGGAGACGUGACCUUUUCGUGCAAAGCAACGGGAAUACCGCGUCCUAAGCUGUCUUGGACGCACCGUGGCCGCGUCUUGAACAACAGCGUGAAACGCCCAAACAACGACAGGGGCUACACGCUGACAUCGGCCAACGAUUGGUUGAACCUAACCUUGAUCGAUGUGCUGACUUCCGACAAAGGCGAGUAUAUUUGCCAGGCGAAGAAUCCCGGCGGCGACGCCGAGAGGAACGUUACGCUGACUGUGGUCGGCGACAUGUUGGGCAAGGAGAACAUAAUCAGCCUGCCGCUGGCGAUCGGACUCGGUGUGAUCGCCUUGUGCCUGCUGAUUAUCACGGUGACUCUUUGCAUGUACUACUGCCGCCGCCGGCGUACUAGGCACGACGAGAAGGGUCACGAGGCGGCGUCCAUGGAGCACCAAGGUCUCGGCGAACAGGAAAAGUCCCUGAUCACCACCAUCAACCCUGUGGUGAAGCCGCCGCGCCGCUACGAGGCUUCGUCGGUGACGUCGCAUGGCACGGAGAUGACGGAGCUGAAUCGCACGUUGCUCGACAACGACUCAGUUUUCGCUGACGGUGUCGGGAGCGGUGUCGUCGGCGGGGUAGGUGGCAACGUAGGCGACGACGAGAGGGAGCACGAACGGACUACGCCGGAAUUCGACGGUGGUGGCGGCGGAGGUGGUGGUACGUUGCCACGUGGUGGUUCGGGUUACCAUUACCGGCAGUACCCGCCGGACUUGUUGGCCUUCUCCGGCGGGCGCGGCGCGUCGCCGACUAGCCAAGCGUCGACGGUGCCUGACAACACGCGCGUGCCUAAUCAGCACGCGGCAGCGAUGACGCCGGUAACCACGCCGGUGACAACGACGGUGGGAGUCCCGUCGUAUGGCUCUCUGCCGUCAGCCGGUGGCCAAUAUCCAGCCGCCUUCAAGACGUUGCCGCACAGUCGCAGCGUCACUCCGUACAGCCUCGGCCCGUCGUCGUCCUCGCCGAUGGCACCGGUGCUGCCGCGUCACGGCUACGUGACGAUUCCGCGACGACCGCGGGCACCCAGCUGGAGCAGCGGACCCCCGACGUCUCCCAUCGACCGCCUCGAGCCAGUCUACGACAACCUGGGCCGGCGCACCACGGCGGACGGUAGCUCGGAGUUGUCGCUCAACAAGACAACUUCCGAACCAACGUCCUCGUCCAUGAGAGGCCGACCGCUGCCGAGUAUGCCGGGCUCGCACUACGGCACGAUCCAACGCAGCACACCCAACAUCCUGUCCAGCAGUUCCCUGGACCGAUCGGCGCCGGAAGGCGCAGCCGAGUGGCCGAUCAAUCUGACGGACGAGAGUAUGGAAAGCGGUCACGCGUUGUUGGCGCAGCAACAGGCCGCCAGCAGCAACACCCUCGGCAGGAAGGUGCCGCCGAGGCCGCCGCCGAAGCCGAAGAAGAAGUCCGCCAACGGACCGCUGUACGAAGACGAGGGCGAGGACGGCACGGAAGUAUGAUCCCACGGGCAUCGUCCGCGAUGAGGACGGCUGGUCGUAGUCCGCCACGACGGGGUGCGCACGACCACAUUUACAAUAAACCGGUAGUGCCUUCCGAGACCUUCCGUGCGCGGGCGCACGCGGAAACUUUCGCCGCGUUCAGCGAGGAGCGGUCACUCGGAGAAUGACAUGGAAAGCGUGAGCAAGUGCUUCGGGGAGGACCUCCGAACCACGAGGACGACGUGGUGAGGUGGACGCGGAGUGGUGGAUGACGGACGACGGGAUCGGACUGAUGUUGUGUGCUACUCUGAUGCCGAAAAAGACCGUGGACGAUGACUUUGACGAGAGAACGCGCACACGGUUUGCUCCCUUCUUCCUGAGGUUUGUUCCCACUUUCCUUUCCUCGUACCUUGUAAGUUAUUUAUUGAACCGCGCGCGCUGUCCGAAGCAUCCGCACUCGGAGCCCAACGUAUCGCAGUUCGCGCGAGUUAUUUUUUACCGCGAAUCGAUCGCCCUUCGAUUCGGAGCGUCCGCUCCGUCUCAUUCCUCGCCUCCGAGAUUGCGGCUCUGUCUUCUCCCGUGUCGAUUUUUUUCUCUCUCUCUCUCUCUCUCUCUCUCUCUCUCUCUCUCUCUUUUUUUUUCCUCUUCUAUCGGGUUCCUCUGGCGCUUUAUUUGGCGCUCGCUACGCGCGGUGAGGUGAUAAACGUGAUAAAUGUGAAUAAGGUUCCGGACAUUGCUGCCGGCGCUUAGUCGAUAAGGCGAGACCUGUUCGCGUUUCGCGCGACACUUACGCGGCGAAAUACGAAGCAGCUGGAAGUAACCGAACGCAAAUCGCUAUCGAGAGCGAUGACUGUGAAUUCGUCUUCUAUUCGUGUGUACAUGUAAUGGAGAAUCGUACCGCGCUCGUACGAUUCUCGCAUAUAUAAGCGGAAGUUUAUUAAGAAUCAAAGAGGGGCUUCGGACGAACGUAACGAGAAUUUAACGCUGUUAAGGAUCUCCAUAUAGCUUACACGUCAUCCCGUUGCCUUUUCUUUCCCUCCAUUUUUCGUUUUCCUUUUCAAACGUUGAAACUUCGACGCUUGUGUCGAACCGUAGCAAAGAUUCGUCGCGAACACGCGACACGAACUUCUCGAGCUGUAAGCUUAAUCGUGAAAAACGGGUCAUCGAGCGAUCCUUGUCCCUUCUCCUUCGGUAAACGCAUCGUUAAACCGAACUUCGCUCCUUCCCCCCCCCCCCUCCUGUAAGACGGUGUGUCACCUUAUAUAAUAAUAUAUAAUAUCGAUACCGUGGUGGUCGUGACUGCGUUGAAACGGAGAUAAAAUAUCUAUCGCAACAAUGUAUAAAUUUAAAAGUAGAUGUAAGUGCGACGAUAGCCCCCAUCCAAACGCCGCGUAUGUGGAAAAUGAUAAAAACAAAAAAGAGAGAAGAAGAAGAAGAAGAGGAGAAAGAAACGCGCGUGUUAUUACGGAAUAUGCGUACGAUAAGAUGAUGGUUUCCAUUACGAGCCAAACGAGCAUACGUAAGUAUUAUAUUUCCGCGCGCGUGAUACUUCCGUCGAUGCUAAUUGCGUAAAAAUUAUAUCGGUGACUUUUCAAAAGUUACGCGCGCAAUCAAUUAGCGCGGGAAUGACCGGACGAUCGGAGUAACAACGUAUUUCGGAAACGCAGCCAAUUUGACGUCGCUGUCCAAUUGGUCACUACCGCCGCACUCGUCGCAUCCGUCAUACCUAGCAUUGGAUAACACCAAAAAUGACCAGUUUAACGCGCACGGUCUCCUGUCGACCCAAAUUUACUACGGAGCUCUAAAUUAAUUGAACGUUACGCGCGGCGCGUUACAAUUAGUAACAAUUACAGCUCGAUUGUUAACGGCAUCGGUCGGCGACGGCCGUGAGGCAAAAAUUGUCGGCCGAAGCGCUGCGCCGACGAGCGUCAUCAUCGAUAUCGCGAAUCGGGAGGACAACGAUAGGACGCGAGUGCGCGCGCGCGUGUUGCGUUAGGUGGACGUGAUUUAACAAGACGGCGAUAUUACGACGUGCCGUAAACGCGGGAGUGAGAAACGGAAUUCGACGCGUCCCAUUUUGAGAUACGUUCUCGAUCGUACGAUUCCACCGUCGACGACAAUAUAUCGUAAAGUAGAACGUCCACGCGAGCGAUAUAUCAUUCGACGGGCCGAGGACUUAUGGUGCCGAAUACAUGAUGGCCGAUAAAUCGUCUUCUUGAAACUAGAAAACAUGUGACUCUCUUUCGGUCGAUAGCGAUCGUCACGGGGCGCAGCCGGCGCACAUUUUUCCCUCUUUGAGUCGACGCCGUUUUUCUCCACGUGGACACUCAAGUUUUUUGCGACGCCGGCGCCCGCCCGCCGCGGUAUGAGCGUGCGUGCACGAGUCUCCUCCUCUUCCUCCUCCUCCUCCUCCUCCUCCUCCUCCUCCUCCCAUUAUCUGCUGCGUUGGUUAAUCCUGUCGAUUCGGCGUUUCCGUAGCACGAAACAUCAAGCCCUGCGAUAUAUCGCGAUAAGGAGAACUUACGCGCGCUCAUACACAACACACACGGAAGAGAGAGAGGGAGAGCUGGCCUCGCAUCCACCCACCCCCCUGCAUUACCCUACGGUUCAACCGGCGAUACUUCACCCGGUAGGGGCCGGAGAACGUUCUUUAACUGCGAAUUUAUCGCCGGUGCGAGCUACCUGCUCGUUUAUGCUUCUGUUGCUUUUUAUCCGGAGGAUUAACGUUCUAUUUCUCUGGCUUUAGCUGGGAUUUCAGACGCGAUUGUACACAACUUGUUGCAAUUGGGCAACGGCGCGGCGGCCAAUCCGCUGUAGCUCCGCGGUAAAGUGCCAAGCAGCCGGCAGACGUAUUUCCAAUGAAUCCCGCGCAAACUUGACUUACCGCCGAGCAGCGAUACUUGAGUGUCUGAAGGGCGCUCACGAUCAAUCCUCCCGUCGGGCAGACCCGACGCACAGGGCUCGCGCUCCUCGCGCACUCGAGACAAGACUCGCCGGGUCCUUCUCCUUCUUAAUGCAUCGCGCGGUAUCGCGUCGGAAUGUAACGCCGCGAAAGUACCGCGGAAGGUAGCACCCUUCAUCACGACUCCGGCUUCGCCGCCGCGCCGCUCGACAACUCCCGCUGUUUUUCCUUACGCGACUGUACUCUCUAUUUGCCGCGACAGUUUUCAAUAUUAAAACGUCACGACGCUGCCAUCGCGAAUUAAUUUCCCUUAAUUAAAUUUCACUUAGACCUUCGAAUGGAAAAUAAACUCCCCGUUUAUUCCCUGCACGCUGCGCCGAAAAACCUCCCUCAAUAUUUUGCAAUAUCGCGCGUGUCACGUCUCUCGCUGAAGUGAAAACUCGCCGAACGAAUUCUUUUCGAUUCUCCUACUCCUAUCUGCUUGCAUUUCGUCACACAUUGUCCAGUAUGUCAUCAGGGUUUCUCGCUUAUUCCGACGAUACUUCUCCGGAUCCGACCAUCGACAUGAGAAUAUCUGAGGCGAGCAUGCGUGCACGAUCGUGUGAACAGAGAGGUCGUUGCUUCUCACGCGAGUUUCGGAAACGCACCCCCGUAUUUUGCCCAGUGGGCAAGAUUUCCAGAGAAGAAAAUUCCCCACUGGGCAAGACGUUUCGAAGCGCCGAGGAAGAAUAGCGCGAACAACCUUUCUGUCUGCGAUCGGCUUCAAUGCGGCUUUUUUCUCGAUGCAAUUUGGAGAGCAUCCGAUGGUGCAGUGAGGCAACUUAAUUUAUGGGAGCUAAUCGGGAAGACAAUUUUCCUCGUCUCGAAGUGACGGUGUAAAAUAAUGACCUUUUACUAUACUCUUAUCUGAUAGAUCUUAUCUGAUGAGGAUAUAAUAAAGAUACUCUUACGCUUUUCCUGAAUCCUCCGUCGCAGUUGCAACGUCAGAUGUCCCAUACAUCAUCACCUCGGCUCCUGUUACAACAGGAGCCGUGUGAGUUCACGAGUAGUGGCUCCGAUGCUCUCCUAACUUCAUCGAAAAACAAAUGUACUUUGCAGAUGAUCGUGCACACGUGGAAAAUGUUGACGACCUCGCGACAAACUGGCGUAUACUUGAAAAGAAAACGCUACUUCAGUUCGUCGCGAACGUCACAAUUCCAGUUCGCAAAUUGACACAAAGCCGUAUAUAUAGCCGAAGCAGCCGCACGACGGAAAUACUCGAAGCGUCUCGUAACUUCCCUCUUGCCGUUAAUUAGGCUCUUCCCUCGUGAAACACUCGGUCUAGAGUAUUCUUAUGUCGAUGGGUCCGACGUCGAGAUGUGCGACGCGCAGCGCGCGACGACGGUGACCGGAGGUCACCGGACCGGAGACGAGAUGCGAUCGAUAAAAAUCGGUCUUCACGCGUCCGUUCCCAGCCGAACAGUAUUAACGCUCGAGGCUACGAACAGUAUUGUGUCUCGGGCGCGGGGAAAAGAGCCGGCCCGGGUGAGACGUGGCGGAGAAAAUAGCGACGCGGUCGUGUCGGCUCGAUUUUUCGCCGCGCCGCUGCGAUAGACGAGCAACGAACUCGACGAGUUAAACUCGGCGUGCGUUACCGUGGCUAUCGCGUUUAGAGAAGAAUGUCCGAUCGUGACAAGCUGAGUAACGAGAUGCGGUUUCUCCUAGAAACCAAAUCGACGGUGGUGCCAAUCGACGGCGACCUUUGUCUCUGUUUCUUCCGAUGUCGAAUUAACGUUACACGGAGGGGGGAGGGAGGGGGGGGCAUUGUUGCGCUCACGCGCUGUUUCUCUCUGUCUGUCAUGUUUUUCGUCUAAUUGCGACUCGUACUGUCCCGCUCGACAGUUCAGGAGCUCUAUCAUGAAACUGUUUUCGAUCGGUAUUAUUCCGUUUUCCAUCCGGAUAAAGUGCUACCGUGGAUAUUUGAAUGAUCGGAAUGGUCUCGCGACGCCGCGCGAGUAAGCGGUACAUCGAUUCCGAUCGGUACAAUGUUACAGAAGUGUCUUGCGCCGUGGUGGCUGCAGAUCGCUAGCGCUUAUUCAUCGUCAUACCGGGGGUACCACCGGGGAUCCAUGACGAUUCAAAGACACGGACAAAAUGACGAUCGAAAAGACCCGGCCAAGCGGUUCCGUGAUAACUCUCCAGAAUUCGCGUGUCGGGAGGACGAGAAGAGAUCAUCCCAAUGAGAAUACGAUAUGAAUGAAGCGCGCGAAAAAUCGAACUCGCACGGUCGUAGCUCGUCGGGCAGUAUUUUAAGCGGCCUAGCAGAGUCGCGGCUCGCCCUGUUCGACCCUCGUGCCGUGCCAUGUACAUACACACAUUCGCUCUCUCGAUUGCACCCAACCCGUAAACGCUGUUCAUAUAUUGUAAAUGCUACACGCGAAGAAGGAAGCCCCGCACGGCACGUCAGGUCGUUACGGCGCCACGAGUAUAUUUUUGUAAUUUUGUAUUUUGAAUUGUGCGCUCCGCAUCUCUCUCACAACGUCUCACUCGGGCCGCGAUCGGCCGACCGACCGACCGGCGCGCAGCGGAGGAGGAGGAGGAGGAGGAGGAGGACCCGAUUGUCAAUACCGCGGGCGCGAUCAUCCCUCGAAUGCGCGCGUUUAUCGAGUAGGCUUGGGGGAGGGCGAUGGAGAUAGAGGUAACCCCGACAGAGAUCCGCCCGCGCGCGUCCCAUUUAACACUGUGGGAAAGUGCUGCGCGCGUCCGAUAGUUAACGAAGCCCGUACGUAACGUCAUACCCGCUGCCCAUCGCAUCGGGAUAAUUUAUUGAUUGUCGCCGAGAGUGUAUCCCCUGAAUUGCGAUUGUGGAGCGUCUCGCUUACACGCACCGUGUGCCGCCGCAUCGCGAACGCUCGAUACCGGUCGAUCGCGAAAUCGGAUCACAUCCGACGUCCAUCUCCAAUGCAACCGAGUACGCGUAUCUUCCAUGACGCGGAGCUCUCCGGCUUAUCGAGUGGAACCUACCGUAGCUGCGCUAAUAACGAGAUAAUGGAGGAAAUACCAGGGAGAGAGGGAGAGAGAGAGAGAGAGAAAGAGAGAGAGAGUGGUUCCUCGACGUUCAACCGCCGUUCGGGACGGAACUGUUUGACCGUCGUGAGAACAAUCGCGCGUCUUAUUUCGACGAAUAACGAGAGAAAAGCACGUCGUGUCGUUCGCGUUUUAACCGCAUCGGUUUGUUCGAUCCUGGUCGGGGAUACGCUGGACAAGAGAAGAGGCAAGGAAAUUUCACUAGCGGUCGUUCUUUCGCCAGACGUUAUGCCAUUGUACGAUUCGUCACGAGGACGGCGUUGCCGGCAGGACAGUUGAUACGUGCGUUAAUAUACCGCCGCGGUGAAAUUAAAACCGUGACAUCGCGCGAAUAAACGCGCCUCACAUCGAGGUCAUUUAACACUUUUCUGACAACGCGAUGUACAUCGCAAAUUCUCUGCGCUCAAUUUCCCAUCCUACUGCCGCCGCCGUAUUGUUGUUACGCGAUAUUCCAAAUAUCGUACGCACGCACACUCUUUGCUUCCAAUAUCUUUCGAUUUAUGCGCGCGUUCGUGAAGUGUAACGGCAAUUUACAUUAAAAUAGGAUAAUUUACGACUGACGCAGGUAAGCGUAUUUAGCGAACCGUUCCACACAUUUGUGCGCGCUGCCACGACAACAGCAGAGUCUCGUCUCUGUGUUUUUCGGAAUUAGCAGUAGCGUCGUUUUAGAGCAAUUUCAAUUCGUAUUCAUUAUUAUACGCCGCGUUUUUGCGAUCGCGCACGUGAUCUUGAUGAACGGCCUAUUUCGAGUUUCGCUUUGCGCUUUUCUUUUUCGCGCAUAGACACGCAAUGGGAAAUACGACACGACACACCGUUGAUUCUUAUUGGUGUUUGACGCUUCAUAAAUCUCUCUCGUAAACGCCAAUGAGAGAGAGAGCGAUCAAUCGAAGGUACCGUCCAGUAGACCGGUCCAACUCUUGCCAUUUUUCGAGCGAUUAUUUGCGCGAAUCUAAUUAGAAGGUUUUUUUACGAGGCAAUGUGUUUUUCGUAGAGUACAGUUCAGCGAGAGGAGCGUUCGUACCGACUUCAAACCGAAUACUUGGCAUUCUCCAUUAACCGACCGCGCACAUUCCACGAGAUAAUUUUGUGCUCGAUGAUUGUAGCGUGUAGAAUGUUAUGUGCAUUUGGACGAGCCGCUCAGUAGCCGCUUUUACCGAGAAAUUGGAUAUUAUUCUUUAGAGAAGGCUAAAACUGUUUAGGAGACAUGUACAUACAUUCCCUGUGUACGUAGAAAUAUCCAUGAGGGAUCUUCCGUUUGCAAUUGCGAAUUCCUCGCCUCGCGGUGGAUAUAUUUUAUGAACCCACAAAUCGUCGUUACAGAUUAUUCCCCUCUCGCUCGUCGUUAUUUUUCCGAGCAUGAUGAUUGCACAGCAGUCGAAAGUAUUCGGUAGAUGACCUGAUGAUUAUUCGUCACUCAAGACUGACAUUUUUUAGAAUUAGGAUAUUUUCUGGUUUUUACGCUGGGACCCAUGGGCGCAGUUUUUCGGUUGUUCAUAUCGAGGAGAGGCAAAUUGCAUCGAUACGUCAGAGCGCAUAAGUCAAUGUGCAGCGCCACCGUAAAUUUUUUCCAAGUUAAUCUUGGUGCGGUGCACCAUUCGUUUCCGACACUGACAAAGUUAUUCCUGUUUUUAACAAAUAAUUGGCCAGCUGCAGAAAUUGCGCGUGAAUGCGGAUGGUUAUUAUCGUCGAACGAGUGAACGAAACUCAACUCUCGAAUGAUGAUCGUUUCCAUAACGUUCCCGUAACGAUCCGUCACGGAACGAUCGUUACUUGGUUGAGUGAAACGAGUCCUUUCCAUUGCGCACAGACUAUCGUUGAAACUGCCUAAUCGCCAUGCCCAAUGGCGCUAAAUCUUGAGGAGAAACGUUUCUAGUGCGCGUGUAAGAUGAAAAACGUACGUACAAGGUGCGCUGCACGAGACGCGAAUUAUGAAUGAUAAUUCCGUUGACACGUGGGGCUAUGAUGUCGUGCAUGAGUCACAUCUAACUCAACGAAUACACAUUUCUCUGUGAAUUAUGUCGUGAAUUGAAAAAGAAAUCGAGCAAAGAAUCGAGCAAGAAAAGUAACAUUUCAUUGGCAUAAUUUCGUAUCUCGCACAACGAGAGAGAAAGAGAGAGAGAGAGAGAGUAAGGUGAGAUUGUACGAGAUAGGAAGAGCAUGAGAAGAUGUUUUAUCGAGAUAAGUCAGAACGAUAAUGUGAAUGUAAAUGAUUCGUAUUUGCGUGUCUCACAUGUUGUAGAUAAUAAUCUUAAUCCGAAAUAUACCAUCUGCGUUUUUGCCAGAUUCUACGUGAAUCAGGAGCGUAUGUCGCGAUGGUCGACGUGAAAUUUCACGCCUGCCAAUAUUUUCGCCAGGAUGGUUCGUUAUUAGUUAUUUCUAUUAAUAUACAUUAUUAUUAUUAUUAUUAGUAUUAGUAUUAUUAAUCUUACUAUGGUUAUUACUACCGGUUUACCAUUACUAUUAUAAUUUUUUUAAUAUUAUCGCAAUUUUUUACACUUUUUAUAUAAUGCUAUAAUUAUUAUUAUGUGGUUACGGAAGUUGUAGGGUUUCAUAUCGGGUUUUCUUGAUCGAGUAGUCCUACACCACAAUCCUACAAGGCGGGCUAAUGAUCCUGGCGACCCGAGUUGUAAGACGAAGGGAAGAUUAAUGCAUUUUGGAUUAUUUUACUAGGACGGCUCGCCGCGUAACCCGGCGUGAAAUUUCGCAUCCUAAUUAUUAUACGCUGUAACGCUGUUAAGUUUACACUAUUAUUAAUACCGCCAUUAUUGUCGUCAUUACUAUAAUUAUUUACAAUGGAUACACCUUUAUCAUGUAACGGACAUCUGAAUUUUGUGAUUUGAUAUAAUGUUUCAGCCGAAUAUAAUUUAGAUGAUAUAUUGAAAAACUGGCGCGCGCUGUAAAUAUUAUAUAUACAUAUUUUAUAAAAGAAAUAUUUAGUGUGAUUGUAAUAUUACGAUAAUGUACUGAAAGCACCACUCUGUACACUCCACUGAAUAUAUAUGAGUUAAAUUUUAAUAAAUACUUC